AUGCCGGACCUGGAGCCGCUGAGCUCUCCUCCAGAGAGGGAGCGAGUGAAUCAGGACCUUGAAAUCUUUGGGUGUUUAGAAGGACCCGAGGUUCAGGAUGUCUGCUCGGGCCGGCGCCACCCUCGAGUUCUGCUCAACAGCCCAUCGACGUGCGUCAGCUGUGCAGUCUAUCACAUCGUGGAGACCAAAGAGAAGGUGGAAAGCUGGUGCCAGCAGAUUUCCCUUCAGAGACCUCCAGCAGUGACCCCGCGGAGUCCCGUCCAGCUGUACGUCGAUGGCGUAGCGAUCAGCACUAGAGAAAGCUGUCCUUCAUGGGCCCUGCUGAGGAAAAUGAAUGACGUCCUUGGAGAAGUGGUUCACCUGGUGAGCGUCGGAGUCCGAUCGACAGUAAAGGCAAGGAAGCGCUUGGCAAGGAAGGGAGGAGGAAAAAGAUUCCUGCAGUGCAAACUGGACAGUGUCUCCCAAAGGAGACGCAAGGAGCACGCCACUGCAGUGCAGAGAGAACAUGAAGCUGGACUGCAGGAGAUCAGCCGCCUGAAGACACAGUUGAGACUGCACAGAGAGAAAGUGCUUAAAGUCCAGGAGGAACUGUCAGAUGCUGAGAUGUUGAACCAGAAUUACAGGCAGACAUCCGUUUUGCCAAAACACAGACCUCCUAUCGUGACGGAAAAGCUGGAGGCGGCGAGAGGAGAAGUACAUCAGCUACAGACGGGCCGUGCUGAAGCGGAAGACAUUUACCAUAAAACCCAAAGCGAGCUCAGAUGUGCUGAGAAGAACACGAGAGAGAUGAAGGAGGAAGCAAACAAAGAAAAUUCAUCAUUCCACAAAACCCUGUUGAUAAAGAAGAGUCAUCUGGCGAAGAAACGAGAAGACCUGAAGCAGCUGAGGAUGUUUGAAGAACGUCUGAGUGCUGAAAUAGAAGAAGAUGAAAGCGUCGUGGCUCUGACUGAGGAGAAGUGUGCAGCAGCAAAUCUUCACAUCGCCGAAAUGACGGAGCGAGAAAAGAAAGAGAAGGACUCGAUUUCAUUCCUGAAACUUCAGCUUGAGGAAGCAGUGGAGAAGAAUGAAGCUUUAAGAAUGAAGCUCAGUUCCGCUGAAGAAGACAUAGAGAGGAGGAGGCUGCAGGGCGACGCCCAGGUCUGCCUCAUCCAGGAGAGAAUCCAGUGCCUCGGCAGAGAGGACUCUGACCUCCGGACUGAAAACCUGCAGCUGCAGCUGAACCUGGAAGACCACCACUCCAGAACCCGUCAGAGUGAGGCGACGGUGAAGCUGCUCCGUGAAGAGAGAAAACAGAUCCUGCAGAAGAUUUCAGAUGGCCAGCAGCAGAUUGAGAGCUGUAGACAGGAAGUGAGUCGGGCGGAGCAGCAGCACCGUCUGAAGCUGGAGGAGCUGGAGAAGCAGCAGAGGGAGGCAUCGACGGAGGAGCAGAAGAUCCAGACACACAUGCAGAGCCUUCGGAAGGAUCUCAGUGGUCAAAUGACAUCUCAGCAGCUUCUCAAGGCUCGCUGUGUGUCUCUGAAUGAAGAAGUGAAGCAGCUGCAGAGAAGCUCAGAUCUGACAAACCAACAGCUUGAUGAAGACCUGCAGAAGCAGCGCGAAGUGACCGAAACUCUGAGAGCAAACCUGCAGAAACUGAAGACGCUGAGAGAAGAUUUAGAAACUCUGAAGAGUGGACACAGAAAGACCUCGGCCUUCCAGGAGAUGGAGAGAAACCUGAAUUCUGAGAAGCUGAGAGCUGCUCGUGAUUCAGAGCGUGAGCUGCAGGACAGACGGGAACACUCGGUGCGCUGUACCACCGAGCUGAUGGAGAAAACUGAAGAAGAGCACAGAGCCACGGUGAAGCUGCAGGAAAGUGUCCAGCAGAUGCAGGAAGACAUCGAAACACUUCAAGAACAUGUGGACAUCUUGGAGGGAAAGAACUCUCCGGCUUGUCUCAUGAUUCAGAGGAUUCUCUCUCAGAUCGAAGAAAGAAAACUACAAACACAACAGCUCCAGCAGAUCCGCUCUGCUCACGCCACAGUCAGAAGAGAAAAGAUGGAGGAAACCCAGGAAGCUCUACAGGUUGCCCUGAAGAAGAACCAUCAGCUGGCAAGUGACUACAGCAGUCUGCAGAAGGUCCUGGUGGAGGCCCGACGGGAGGCAGUCCGGUCCCUGACCCAGAGGAACCAAGACCAAGGAUCCUUUAAUGACUACAGGACGCUGUCAGGGCUCCAGAGGAGGAUGCACCGGAGCUUGGAGAGGAGCCUGGCUGGACGGGGCCUGGUCUGUGGAGCUGAGCUGGAUCGGUUCUGCUGUCUCUCCGCACAAACGGAUCAGAAUCUCAGAGACAUCCAGAACCGUUUAUCAGAAGACAUGAAGCUUGACAGACCUGAACAGAACCCCUCCAACACGAGCCAGGAUGAACCAGAACCCCAACAGAACCCCUCCAACACGAGCCAGGAUGAACCAGAACCUCAACAAAACCCCUCCAACACGAGCCAGGAUGAACCAGAACCCCAACAGAACCCCUCCAACACGAGCCAGGAUGAACAAGAACCGCUACUCCUGGACUCCAACAGCACCCCUCCAACAUGAACCACAAUGAACCAGAACCCCAACAGAACCCCUCCAGCAGUGAACCUGACCCACAUCGCUGAACCACUACUGAAGCAGUGCUGAUGAACCGCUGCAGUUGGCUUUGUUUCAUCAGAUCAAUCAGUUUUUAUCAGGGUCUUUAUCCUAAACCUCAACCUGCCCCCCAGACAUUCCCUCAAAAGAAACCAUUGGCGCCAUUUGGCCAUCUGCACACGAAACAUGGGUGACAUGGGAAAAUGAACUUUACUGAAAAUGAUGACCAGAAGAUUUGAGAGAAAUUCUUUUUUUAUGUUCUUUUC